CCACUGCCGUAUUUCCUGGAGCGCCCUUGCCAGGGCGAUUUGUAACAGCUGGUGGCAACCUCGUUGCUUUGUGGUAGAGGCAUCGAGUUGGUGGGCUGGGAUGAACCGCGCUCCCGGUGGAGGCAAGGGAGCCGAGCGGGAACCAUGGCCAGUACAGUGGUAGCAGUUGGAUUGACCAUUGCUGCUGCAGGAUUUGCAGGCCGUUAUGCUUUGCAAGCCAUGAAGCAUAUGGAGCCUCAAGUAAAACAAGUUUUUCGAAGUCUACCGAAAUCUGCCUUCAGUGGUGGCUACUACAGAGGUGGGUUUGAACCCAAAAUGACAAAACGGGAAGCAGCAUUAAUACUAGGUGUAAGCCCUACUGCCAAUAAAGGAAAAAUAAGAGACGCUCAUCGACGAAUUAUGCUUUUAAAUCACCCAGACAAGGGAGGAUCUCCUUAUAUAGCAGCCAAAAUCAAUGAAGCUAAAGAUUUACUAGAAGGUCAAGCUAAAAAAUGAAGUAAAUGUAUGAUGAAUUUUAAGUUCUUAAUUCAUUGAUGUAUAUGAGUACCAGCUUUUUAUAAUAAAAUGCCUCAAAGCUACAAAUUUUAAAAAUGAUUUAGCACAAGCCAAAUCAAAACGUUGGUAUAAAUGUUUAAAUUUGAGGAUUUUAAGUCAGAUUAUAGAAUAUUUGUAGGUUAAUACUCAAUAAUUAUGGAUAAAUACGUACCAUUUGAA